AUGCCUCCCAAAGCUGAGACCAGCACUGAAACCCCGUUGAAGGGCCGGGGCGGGAUCGUCAAGCGCACCCCCUCGAAGGCAGCCCCGACCAAGGUCGGCACACGAUCUUCGGAUGCGGUUGCUAGCCGGGACCUGUUGUUCCUGUGGCGUGUCGUGAAGCUGUCAGGUGGUGUCACGCCUGACAAGAAUGUACUUGCCAGCGAGCUCGGAUGCUCCACGGCCGCUGCAAUGAAGAGGUGGACCCGAUUCAAAGCCAAAAUGGAGAAGAUCGAGGCCGCCGCGCAGGCCGACGACGACGACGAGGACGACGACGCCACCAUGCAAGACCCAAAUGACGGCGACGAUGAGAAGGAGGAUACCGAGUAA